AUGCCUUCUCAUAGCUCUAACACACACCGCUAUCACCGAGUGGGCCAUUGGAUGCCCUCGGGCUAUGACGAUCACCACAAGUGGCUCGGCGGCGUUAUUGCCCACGUUGACAGUAAACAGGACAAGGAAUUGCAUCCAGUUCUGAAGGAGUUUCAACAUCUAAUUGAAACAAACACCCGCGUCUACAUGCUGAUCUCCGCCAUGUUCGCCGAGGUCCCAAAGAACCGCCACUACUGCAAGGAUCCGACAGGCUGCUCACAGAUCCGAGACUAUCAUCACAUGCUGCAAGUCUUGAAUCACCUUAUCACGACGGCGCCUUCGUGGAAUGAUUUUUCUCUCGAAGUCGGCCUUGUCGGGCUGCCGAUCAAUGCGGUCCUCGACUGGUCGAUGGGCACGCCGAGCGGGUACGCGGCUUAUCUUGAUCCCGACAUCAACGCCAUGUUGAAGAAGGUCUUGAACGCCUGGGGCGAGUACCUGACCUCAGAGGACUCGGCCAAGGUUCUUGGGGAUGACGAAUACGGGUGGUUUGGCGAGACGGGCAAGAACAACCUCAUGCACGUCGCCAACCUCCCUCUUGGAACAGACCACGAAUUCGACAAGCUGUUUGUUUGCGACCCGUCCGCCAAAUACCAUGGGUACAAGUCCUGGGACGACUUCUUUACUCGUACGUUCCGGCCGGGAGUUCGGUCUGUGGCCUCGCCUGACGACGACACGGUCAUCGUUAACGCCUGCGAGUCCCAGCCGUACAAGGUUGCCCGAGGAGUCAAGGCAAGGGAUACGUUCUGGAUCAAAGGCCAGCCAUAUUCGGUCGCUGAUAUGCUCUCGCACGACCCUGUCACUCCGCAGUUUGAAGGGGGCACUGUUUAUCAAGCGUUUUUGAGCGCACUCAGCUAUCAUCGGUGGCAUGCACCCGUCAGCGGCAAGAUCGUCAGAGCGUAUGUGGUCGAUGGGACCUACUACUCUGAGCCGCUAUUCGAGGGGCUAUGGGAUGAAGAAGAGAACAAGCCAAAGGAGCAGGGAAUCGACCCAGGCGGCGAAGUUACGACGCAGGAGUAUCUCACUUGCGUCGCGACACGGGCCAUUAUCCUGAUCGAAUGCGAUAACCCGGCCAUCGGGCUUAUGGCGUUCCUUGGGGUUGGAAUGUGCGAAGUCUCGACGUGCGAUAUCACAGUCAAGGAAGGCGAGCACGUUAGAAAGGGCGAUCAGCUGGGGAUGUUCCACUUCGGGGGGUCGACGCACUGUCUUCUUUUCAGGAAGGGCGUUGAUGUUGAGGGUCUGCCGUCGCCGGAUCUGGGGAGGAAUGUUGCUGUCAAUAGCCAGCUAGGAGUUGUGAAGGCCUAG